UGUCGGAAGAAAAUGGCGGCGACACGUGCAAUCCACAACAUCGUGGUGCAAUAAGGAAUCUUUGGGGUUUUGCUGUUAAGGCAAUCUCAUAACCCUCUUUCAUUUCAAAACUAUAUUUCUGUGAUUCUCUACAAGUCUAGAGAAACGAACACAAUGAAUUCCUCCGUACAAAUUCUAAAGCUUUCACCAAUAAACCAAAGCCGGUCGCAAGGUAAGCAACCGAAAAGACUGAAGCUCAAUAAUUUUAUCAGGAACUUGAGUUAAGGAUGUGUCAGAUUUAGAUGUAAGUUUAUUUAGCUUACUAGAGAAUUUCAAUUACGUGUGCCUAGAGAUAUGUUUUUUUAUUAUUGUGUGACGAAACCGGCUGUAAUAAGUUUAGUUUAGUUUGGUCCAGUGCUUUUAAAAUAAGUUUUAUCGUGUUUUAUGAAUUCUCCAUUUUAUACUAAUGGGACUCUGAAAUGGAAAGUUCCUAAUUCCUAACACUAAGCCGACUAUUCUAUUACUGCAAAUUGCAGCUUUUUGUUAUAUAUAAUUUAUGUUUUUUUUGUCAUAAAGCGAAAGAAACUAUCAGAACUGCUGAGGCCACUUAUUUACUUCCCUUUAAGUGACCAAAGUUGCCUAUUUUAUACUGUAUUAGCUCUGUUAUGCUUUGAUCAUGCUUUAAAGCGUUCAAACAAGUGGUCAGUUAUUCUGCCAAAGUGACCAACAUCAUUUUUCUCCUAAUAAUAUCAAUACAUAAUUCAAAGAAAGGUUGGGAGAAUUACAAUGUAAUGAAAUGAUCACCAACAGGAAAAAUGUUUUGAUCUUUUACCAAAUUCUCUCAACUAAUUCUUUAAGGAAAUUUAUGGAGAUCAGUCUGGAGAAUUUGUAUUUGGAUACUGGGACUUAGAAUUCAAGCCUUCUCUUCUCCUUUUUUUCAUAAUUUAGUGUUUCAUCAACACCAUUUUAUUUCUUGUUUGACUUUAUUUCUCAAUAUAUUAUUAGACAAUGACUCAACACAGCAAAGCAUUCUGAAUGUUGCUGUCACGUCCCUAAAAGGAGGAAAUGUUAUAGCCCUCCCUACGGAUACCAUAUAUGGUGUUGCAGCACUUGCGCAGUCCACUAAAGCUGUUAACAAACUGUAUGAAAUAAAGAAGCGACAUGAAGAGAAGCCUGUUGCUAUCUGUGUUGGAAGACUGGAAGAUGUUCACAAGUAAGUUAUAAAAAUGCAAAACCUAUUUGUUUUAAAAAAAUCUGAAACUUUAUGCUGAUUCAUUCACCUGAAGACUGGUAAAAGCCCAGAAAAAAAGACAUGCUCCCAGGAAGAUUAGAGCACGAGAUGCAGGGAGGAGGAAAGGUUAUCUUUUCUUUCUGUGCACUCCCAAACUUUGAAAUGUGUAGUUUUGCAUCAGCAUAAUUAAAAGCCAGUGUUGUGCCUGCUCUCUUAUUGUAAACAACAUUUUGGGUAGUUAAUUCACAAGUGGCAGGACUAACUUCAAAUGCAUUUUUUGGGAAAAAUUCAAGGAGCAAAUGAAACUGCUUCAACCAGUGAAGGCACAAAUAGCAGGUGAACCUAAUGCCUUAACCCUUUAAGCCCUAAGAGUGAUCAGCGUCAAAUUUCUCCAUGUAAUAUCACUGCUUUAUAAAACAGAGUGGUCAUGAGAAUUAAGGACAUGAUCACACAAGAUGAAUCUAAAUUGAUACUUCAACAAAUUCUCCCCACUACUUCUAUUGAAAACGUAUAGGAAUAACAAAUGAGAAUUUGAAUUUUGAUGUUAGGGUUUAAAGGGUUAAAUAUACAUCUGAGAAUUCAAUGUAAACAAGGGUACCUAAACCAGGAUUAACAAAAUAAUAUAAUAUAACAAAGUUAAGAAACAGUCCAGAUAAGAACGAUAGCAACAACGGCAACGAACAUUUUGGAAUGCAAAAAAGGUGCUAACUUUUCUAUUGUCUGUACUUACUUCUGAUUGGCUUAAACAGCAAAAGUUAACAAAACUUCAUAAAGCGGUACAUAUAUUCAUCCUUACUUUCCAACCAUCUUCCAUAUAACAAAAUAUGGUCUCAGUUUGAAUAACAAAGAAAUCCUAUGUGGGGAACAUGUAAAAUUGUAAAUUUUUCUUGGCUAUUGUUUUCAACUGUUGUGAUUGGUCAAAAUCUUUUAACACAAAAAAAACACCCUUUCAAAGUGGAGUGUAAAUGCAUUUUAUUGCGUAAACGGCCUUCAUGUAGGUUUAUGCAUUCUCUGUGUAAAAAUGAGAACAUUCCUAUGUGGGGAAAGCACCAUUGCCUCAUAACAAAAGAAAUUGCUAUCCACCUUACUUGGAUCAUUACUUAAAUAAUAGAAACUUUAUUCAGUGGUUUAAAAGAUUCAUGCCUUCAUCGCAAUCUCAAUCUUCUUGUCAGUGUUAUAAAUUAGCUGAUGAGAUAAAUACGGUUGCUAGAGUAAAUAAAGCUGGGAUAACAGGCUAACUUGAUUUGUUUACCAUUUGAGUUAGCUUGGUAGCCCCAGGUACAAAAUAUUCUUACCGCCCAGUUCAAACAUCAAAACUGUCUAUGUACACCGAACCUAAUUCCUUCUGUUAAGUACAUAAAAAGACUGACGUUUGUACAGGGUGCAAAGAAAAAUCAGUUUUACAGCCUGAUAGCAAGCUGUAGGUAGCAUGUACUAGCCCAAAAGUUAUUUUACCUAGCCUGAAAUAUUUUUUAUGUGCAGGAGUGAUUACAGUUCUUCUGCAAUAAUAUUAUUUGAAUUUCCCUAGAAACUUCACUUGCCCAUUGGGCUAGCCUGAAUUUCAUCCGAUUACUUCGAGUCGUUAUUACUCCCUCAGUAACGUCUGAAUCGACCGGCCAUUAAUGCCGUCCAGCUUUAAUUCAUGCAAAAAGUAAAACACGAUUUUCAAGUGGCAAACCGAGAAAUAUCGUUUGAAAAUGUCUGCAUGAUACAGAACUAAUUGAUUUUUUUGAUCUUUAUUCAUGUUUAAUGUUCAAACUAUCAACUGCAUGCAGUACAACUCUGAACCGGUUGUACUAAAUUCUAUAAUCAAACUCGGUCGCAAUCAGGCAAUGAAGUAAACACACACACGGAACACUUUAUAGUUCAAAAACACAAUGAUUUGUUUUAAUUGAAAAGAAGCUACUUGGUCCUUUACAAAGAAAAAAAACAAGGAGAUUAGAAAGAAAAGCUAAUAGAAUCAUUACACUUGACGGUAAAAAUAGCAAGAAGGUCGAAUUAUGACAAUGAUCUCAGAAAACUUCGCGUAAACAAAACCACUGGCCGCCGAAACCACAAAGCGGCUCUAAAUGAAAAACCUUCUGACUCUCUGCAAUGAUUCUUCAUUCGCAGUUCCAUUUAACAUUUCAGUUUCGAAGACAAGGGCAAUUUUGCUGUUUAAGAUAAAGAUUAAGCUUAUCGAAAUGUUUGAACUAAACGAAAGAAUGCCAGGGAUGCGAUCUGCUGAAUAUCAAGCAACAAUCCCGCUAAAAUUUUUCAUAAUUAUACAUAAUUAUGCAAAUGUUUAGACAAUCAACCAAUCAAAAUCACUACCCGGUUUUCGGGUAGUGAGUGACGUCACUGGAUGGCAUUAACGGCCGGUCGAUUCAGACGUUGUUGAGAGGAGAAAACGACUCGAAGCAAUCGGAUGAAUUUCAGGCUACCAUUGGGCAAGUUAAGAACAGAUUUCACUAGCCUGGUAGUAAAAUCCACUAGCCCUGGGCUAUCGGACAAUUCUUUAUUUGCACUCUGUUGUAUCAGUAAGGCCAACAUAUCUUAUCUGAGUUUGAGUGGCCCACAUUGGAGUUUUGACUGUUGUGCAACUUCAUUUCAAAGCAUGAACUUUUCAUGUACCAAAUCUAAUGCAUAAAUUAAUCAAAUUUAUUUUGACUGAUAAGGAUAGUAGAGUGUGAUUAUUAAUUGGGUCUGACUAAACUGAAUUAACUUUUGAACUUUAUCAUUAGGACAACCCAUGCAAACAGGAAUUAGUUCUGUGCGAGAAAAGUUUGAUGUUUGAAAGGGGCCUUACACAAAAUAAAUAAUAAAGUUUUUGUGAAAAUGAUUGAAAUUAACAGUAGUAUUUUCAUUUUUUGCUCUCCUUAAGCCUCCAUGGCAUCUACAAGCUAAAGUUUGUAAAGGUUUAAAUGACAUGUUGAGGAUGCAAGAUUAUUUUUAUUUGUAAUUUCUUGCUCACACAUUUGUGACAUGACAAUAUCGGUGUAACCCCAAAAUAACAAAGAACCAGGGGACUGGCAAAAUAUGUUCUCUAUAUAACAAGGUUUUGUUUUGUCAAGGUUUUCUCUAUAAUAAUAAUUAAUUAAAAAUGCCUAUACUGUGGUGAAGAAUAUCGUUUGUGAUAUUAAGGUCUUUGUUUUGUUCAUUUAAUCGAACGUACACUGUAUAUUACAUCCUGUUUAUUCACUUCUGAGGUUAUAAUUUACCACUUUUGUUAAGAUAUUUACACACAGAAGUUGACCCUUUUGCUCCCGAUAGUGGCCGAAAGCAAGUACCAUGUGAAAUUGUUGCCAAAAAGGGUUUCAUUUGAGUGGUCAUGUAUAAAAUUUUGACCAUCCACGGACUCAAAAGUUAUAUUCAGACUCCGAUCCACCAGACACCAUUCUCCACUAUUGCAGUGAAAAGGUUAAUGUUAAUUGUUUUUAAAUUUUUCAGAUUCAUCCUUAGAUGCUGACCACGUGCAUGUAACUAGCCUAAACAACAUACAGACUUUAAGGUGUAAUUGUGUUGUCUCUCACUAAUGUUUUUAGGUGGGGAAAAGUAACCAUUAGUCCUGAGGCUCUUCAAGAUUUACUUCCUGGCCCUGUGACUCUUGUGUUUGAAAGAACCGAUGAAUUGAAUCCAGGAUUGAACCCCACCACACGUCUUGUUGGAAUUAGAAUUCCAGAUCAUGAUUUUGUACGGCAGCUGUGCUUAGCUUGCGAUGAACCACUUGCUCUGACAAGUGCAAAUGUCAGCACGGUAGGACAAAGCAGUUUAAAAAUUGAGGUUAGUUGACUAACAUUUUCUAUUACUUUAAUAACCAGAGAAGAAUAUUAGGAGAGGUAAAAUGGGUUUUAGGUUGCUGUAAAUAAACCUUAUGCUUGAAUUUGAUAAAAUGUAACAAUAUUUUAUAAUUGACUACUACAAACAACAGUAAAACUUUAUAUGGAAAAAGCACGUGGGUUUCUCAAUUCUGUGAUUCCAACAGAGAGAGAUGGGCUUACAUGGUGUGCAGACAACUUUCUUAACAGCUAAAAAGAGAGUUUUGCAAGCAGAUUAAUAACCUAUAAUAGCCUGAUCUUAUUUUAGUAUAAUUUGUGUGGUUACUAUUUAUUGUUGAUUCUAUGUAAGACAAAUAAUUAUCUCUCCAAGAUGGAUAUAUAGUGCUGGUCCUAAAGGUGUCCAAAGUAGAGAGAGCUUACUAUAAAACUAGAUGAUAAUUUGAAAAUUACCUUCCAGGAGUUCAAAGAUAUUUGGUCCAACCUGGAUCUAAUCCUUGAUGGUGGCGUGAUAGGUCUGACUGAGCAAUGUCGCAAAGGCUCAACUGUGGUUAAUUUAUCAGUUCCUGGCAAAUUUACAAUAAUCAGAGAAGGAAGGUACUAAGCUGAACAUUGUAAUAAUAUUGUGUGAUGUUUACUUAUGUACUUCAUUAUCAUACAGCUGUACAUGGCUUCGCAUGAUACAUACAAUUUACAGUUUACUACAGUCUUCUGAAUAACAUUUUCACAACAUAAUCUUUCUAUAAAAUUUAAAAAUAAUGAUGUCAAAUAUUAUGACCAAAUUCAAAGUUUUGUGAUGGUCAACUUUACUAUCUCUCUCUGAACUUAAAAACCUCCUUUAAUAGGCCAUUUCUGAGUUUCCCUGGGCCUCUGUAUCAAAAUGAGGUUAAGUGCUCUGUGAGCCUUUGAUAUGAAAGUGAUUUUUCAUUGUCAUGCAAAUAAGACUCCUAAAUCAACAAAACUCAAAAAUCCAGGCAUUGUUUGGGAUACAAGACAGCCUUUAUUAAUCAUUACAAAAUUCAAUACAUGGUAACUAACUAAAAGGUAAUAUUUAGUAUACAAAUAAAGUGCUCCCACAAAUACAAAAGACCAAACUAAAAAGAAAAAUUAAAACAACCUUAAUCAAAUAAUAAAAGUGAUGACACUGUCUAUGAAUAGAACAAAACAAAACCCUACAGGGAGGGAGGGAGGGAAAUGAUUGCUAGUGCAAUAAAAGUGAAUGUUGCUACUGCGAUGCCAAGAGAGAAUGAGACUAAACUAGCAUUGUAUCCGUCUGUAACCCUUAUUACAGUCGUGGUAUUCUUGUCUACCGUAAAACUACUAGGUCCUAGGUACUAGACUCAUGGUAUUAUGAAAUCUCUCAUGCCAAAAAACUACUGUGAUGCUGUACUAGUCCUGCAUCCCAAUGUGACGCCUUCCUUUGAGAUUUAGAACUGCAUCAGUCGUCUCAAGUGAUGCACCCCAUUUUCUCAAGAAAGGUUCAUACUUGACCUCGUUUUGAAAGUGAGGGUUUUCGGAACUCAGAAGUGGCCUAUUCUGUGGACAAUAAUGAAUUAUUUAACAAUUAAUGAAUGAGGCUGAGUAUCUUAUGAAGAAUUAUGGAGAUCGAGGAGGGUGUUAUCCAUCGAGGUCAUAGGCCGAGGCGGAUAACACCCUCCAAGAUCUCCAUAAUUCUUCAUAUGAUACGAAAGCUGAAUUCAAUAAUUGUUUUAUUAUUCGUUCAAAAUAAUUCCUAGUUUAAAAAAAUGGCUAAAACAUGCUUACCUCCAUCGAUCCAUCGAUGUUAAGUUCAUCUUCGAUAGUGCACGUUUAGGGUUGUUCAGCUCCGCAAAUAUUCUCCAAAUAGCAGAUGUCACCCUUCGAGUUGUCUUCUUGCUGUUCUUGCCAUGUUUUUAGCUGUUAUUUCGCCUAGUUCUUACUCUAGAAAUGAGUGAAAUGUCCUCCGUUUUUGUUUCCACAACCAAAACAACUCAACCUCAUCCCCAGGUCUUCUCGUUUAACAGUGCAUUAGCCUGCAAAAACGCUGCAUUUUUGACGUCAUUUCCUUGCUAAACACAAAAUUCUUCCAAAUUUGGUCAUCGGCAACUGGUUAUAGUGAAUUAUGUGUGUGCUUUUAGCCUAUCAGAAUCGGGGAAAUAUUUUGAAUGAAUAAUAAUAAUGAUUAUUCUAAAUACAGUGGGACCCGGUUAACUCAUUCGCUCCUAAAGAUUUUGCCGAAAAAUGCCUUUUGAAGCUUGUCAAGUGGUUUUCUGGUCACCGUCGUGCUGUUGAGAGCUAAAACUUACCACAAAUCCAUUUGCAGGUCAUACACUUCGCGGCCUUCUGAUCCAGUUGCAAAAUAUCAGCUUGUGAGGUUCGGGCAUGCGCAGAAAGCAAAAUUGCGAGAUAGUUUUUGGGUUUAAAAGUGACACAGCAGUCUUGAUUUUACUUUUCGCUUUCUCUCCUCCCCUCUUUUUUCGCUUUUCUUGCCUCAUUUUUUUUCUUUUGCUGGGCAUUUAGUAGGCUUUAUUUUGGUGGGAAAAGUUUUUAGGAAAGCUUUUAGGAUCUUAGGAUUAGGUGAAAGAAAAGGUAGGUGGGUAGUGGAACAAGAUUUUCAUGACAAUUUUCAGGUCAGUGUUACAACUGAUGAUGUCACAAGCAGUGGUAGAGAGUACAUGGACACGGGCAGCUCCGGGGGCGAAUGGGUUAAUACAGACACCAAUGUAACGUGCCAUGGUGUCCUUAUUUAGGCCUGGGUCUUGGAAAAGAAGGCUACAGACACAUUUUUUAUUGAUACAAGACUAAAGAAGGCAAAAAGCCUUGAAACCUUGCGUAGUAGGAGGAAGAAAACUAUAUUGAAGGGCUGCUGUAUAAGGGCAGCUCCUGACAAGGGCCAAACUUGAGAAGAAAGAUCGAACACAUCUCACUAUUGAAAAUAUGUUGCUGUUGUAUAAGCCAUAGAAUAUUGUAUUAAACCAUAGAAAUUAUGGAUAAGAUAUUGGUUUACAUCCAGUUCAAUAAUUGUGUUUUGCCUGUUUUCCAGUGCCUACAACCAGACUGUUAAUGUUCUCAGUGAAAAGUAUGGACUUGAGGAUUGCAGUAGUUGA